UGUGAGCAGCAGGAAAGUGGAGCAGGGCCUGGAGUGCAGCGGCGAAGGAGAGCGUGAGGCGGAGAGGGAGGAGGCUGUUCUCAUCAAAAGAGCUCUCAAGAUAAUGAGACCCCAAAGCCCUCAGACCCUCACAGCUCCACACACAGAAACAGAGAUAAACAAGGAGCCGCAGGGAAACGUCUAUGGAUCUGAAAUGACGUGGCGGGAGGAGCUCCGCAGUCGGCAGUUCUGGAGUGCCAUCUUAGCAGAGCUGCUUGGCACCCUGGUGUUAGUGAGCGCCGUGCUGGGCGCCUCUGUUCCGGGGCCCGGCGAGGCCCCGGGGGGCCCCUUGUAUCCAGCUGUGGCAGUGGGUGUGGUCAUUGUUGCACUGGCACACUGCUUUGGAGAAAUAAGUGGAGCGCAGGUGAACCCGGCUGUCACGCUGUCCUUGCUGGCCACCCGGAAGCUGGACGCUCUGCGGGCGCUCGUUUACAUGGUGGCUCAGUGUUUGGGGGCCUGUUUAGGGGCCUCGGCCCUCUAUCUGGCUCUGCCCCUCAAAGCCACAGCAGAGCACUUUGUUAACAGGGUUCCUGCAGAUUUGAAUGCAGCGCAGGCUCUGUGCAUCGAGGUCCUGUGCACCUUUCAGAUGGUUUUCACCAUCUUCUCAGUGGAGGAGCAGAGACGGAAAGAGAGCGUAGAACCAGGAAAUCUGGCCAUUGGAUUUUCUCACACCGCUGGAGUGCUAAUAGGGGCACGUUUCUCUGGUGCCAGUAUGAACCCGGCACGCUCCUUGGGUCCAGCCAUCAUCACUGGAUUCUGGGAAAAUCACUGGGUAUACUGGCUCGGUCCGAUUAUCGGCGCUCUCCUGGCCGGAGUGUCCCAUGAGUUCUUCUUCGCCCGCAGCGCCUCUCGCCAGAAGCUGGUGGCCUGUUUGACCUGCAAGGACAUUGAGAUCGUUGAGACGGCCAGCAUGACUGGCUCGUCUCUGUCCACAGUCACUCAGAACGCCUUGAGAGCCAAACAUGCCAACAAACAGGAAAGCAACUGAAGACGGACGGUGGUUUAGUCAGGCUUCGAUGGUGAUCAGCUGAGUUACCAACGGUUAAGCUCCUUAAACGUCCUGUGCCAAAAUAACCCACAAAUCAGACUAAUGAUCUGAAGAUCGUUGCAUGAUAAAUAAAAAUUAAUCUGAUUAUGUUAACUCGCUUAAAACAGAAGAAAACCAUAUCACAAUCUAAGAGUUUCAUAUCAGUCAAUAUUGAUAAUUACUGAUUAGUUUUUUUUGUUUGUUUGUUUUUUGUUUUUUUCCCACAGUUUUUGUUAUAUUUUUAAGCAGUUAACAGAAAAAGUGGUGAGUGGGUGCUGGGUCAACUAGUGGCACUGUUGACCCAUCUUGAUUAUCUAGCAGUGAGCUAAACAGGAGAGCCUAAAGGUUUUCCUCUGCCUACAUCCCCCAGAAUGCUGUGCAGUUCUGAAUCAGAGUUUGGUGAAGUUAUUGGACAGUUGAUCAGAUUUUCUAUUGAAUUUAACCUUGAAUUUGUCCAUUACCGUCUUGUUUUGGUUGACCAACAAUCUCUUCGUAAUUUUCUUCAUUUUAUUUCAAAAUCUUCAAUGGAGAUGAUGGUGGAAAAAGGGAUUUUACAUCAAAUUAAGAAAACCCUGAGCGUUCUCUUCAUGAGACUCAUUUUUGCCGAGCAUCGUAAAACUUCCAAGGUGGCAAAAAUAAAUCAUGAUUUUUUCAUUUUCACAAUUAAAAAAAGAAAAAAAGAUAAAACCAUUUAUAUGAGGCAGGAUAAGUACUGCCUUUCUUGCCAUAUAUGGAGCGACUGUCUCGAGGUUCAGUAUUCUCUUUCACAUAAUCAGAAUAUGUAAAUACAAAAGGGACUAAUUGAAAUCCCGCUGAAUAACAGCCUGAUGUUCCAGAUGCAGCUCGUGUUUGUGAUCACUUUGAAAUGCUAAAGCGGCUCUUGGUCUGCGCUGUGGGUUCAGUGAUGCUCUCAAACUGUCCGUCCAGGUCUGUCUCUUCUCAUACGACCUGCUAUUCACAGGCAAAUGGACCUCCAUACCUCUGUUGUGGUCCAGCAGGGAGAACAGAAUAAGCUUUGUAAUUUAAAAUGGAAACAAUGGGAGUAUGAGCACAGUUUCUGAGGAAAUGUUUUGUUUUCGUAAAACCUUUAAGAACUGUUGUUUCUCGGUAUGAACUGAUAUUUAUGUCAUUUCUGUUAGAUACUAGCUGUUUUUAUUUCUAGAUAUUUUUCAUAUGACAAACACAAAAAUCUAUGUAUUUUAUUGAGUCAUUAUCUAACACAAAGCAAUGCGUAAUUGUAAAGAGGAGAGAAAAUGAUGCGCGGUUUCAAGAUGGUUUCAGAACCAGCUUUUAUUGCAAUAACAUCUACAAGUCUUUAAGAUGUAUGUUUCUACCAAGUCUGCAAAUGUUUGUUGAUUCAUCUUUGCAUAACAGCUCAAGAACGUCCCCGUGUUUCCACACAUCACAUCUCUGGUUUUAUAAAAUGAUGCAACAGUUUGGGAGGUUUUGCUUUAUAAAUUGUUUAAAUGAGGCUUCUACUAGAACCGUUUAUGAUCAAUUGUGACUCCAAAAAUCUGAUUUCAUUCACUUUUGCAAUUGGAAUUAUGAUCAUCACAAGACUGGACUUUGUUGUUAUUUGUGUUGCAGAAAAAGUUGUCUUGUUAUAGUUUCAUGUUAAAUUAUUUAGUUUAUUUCUGAAGAGUCUGAGGAAGCCUUUAAUAUUCUCUUUACUGCCCCCCUUUUAUAUCUAGUUGCUUGUGAAAAUAUAAAACAUAUAAAAACAUAAAAACCCUUAAUAAUCGAGCAUCAGUGAAUAUUAGAGAUAAGAUUUUUCCAUAAUAACAGAGCACCUUGCUCUCAGAUUCUACGUUUACUCUCCCAGACACAUUGUCUGCUUUUACUUUUUAACUUUCUGAUAGAGCUAAUAGUCACAGUUGCUGAAAUUGCACUGAAAAAAUGCAACAUGUUGCCAGGUGUUUUUGCUUAGGUUCUAAUGCAAAUAUUGACGCACAAACGAGGACGGACAAAACUAACUUAGAAGUAACUGUUUAGUCAAUAAUUCCUUAAAAGUUCCAGUUUCCAUUGGUAAGUUAUUCUUUACUAAUAACUUGGUUUCAAAGUGGAAAAAAAAGUCUGCAAGUAGGAACCAGUUCUUUUAAAGUCAAUUUUAAGAUGGGGGCUAACCUCCGCAGUCGAUAAAUACGUGCUUUGAAUAAGGAAUUGCUGCAGUUUUAACAAGGUGAUGCAACUCAGUGACGACAUGAUGGCUCAGGAGGGAUUGCUGAUUCGAUAGAAAACCUUCCACCAAACUGAACUUCACCAUGAAUGAUCCAAAUAUAAAUAAUCUGAACUGAACUUGAUUCAUUCAUGAAACUAUUUGAGAAACAUGUAUCCUUUUCCUUCUGCUUCACAAAUGAAUUGGGCUGGUUUGUUACACGAAUACAUAAGAGUUUGUGGUUGUUACAUGAGAAAAUGUUUAAGGACACUGCAUAAGACCGACCCUUUAAAACAAGUUAAUGUUGACAAUUAUUGUAAAAACCUUUAAAUAAAACUCUUGCCAUAAAAGAGCAAUGCUAUCACUGCAUGUAUUCUGGUUGCACAUAUGCACACACAUUUAGAAAGGCUUGCAGUUUUACAACACGCUAUAUACAGCAGUUCACACACACACACACACGCACACACACACACACACACACAAAAUGCACAAUAUCUACCACAUUGUGUGUGUUCUUUCUGACAGGUAUAAAAGGCAGUUAAAACGACAAGAUCAGCGUUCUGCAUUCAUCACUGCACACACGAACAGCGACGGCUCUCUGCUGCUCAGCUCUGAUGUUACUCAUCCCCCUCAUCAUGUCUGUACAACACACACACACGCACACACACGCACACACACACGCACACACACACACACACACACACACCCUCACACGCACACACACACACGCACACACACACGCACACACACACGUAGCCCACUGUGACCAGUCAAAGUCUUCUGCCAAACACAGAAACCAGCAAUGCUUUGGUUAUUUACUGGUGGGAUUCUGGUUGACUUUCUGGUUUGCAGCUCUGUUAGCAUUCUUGUUUUCCUUUUUGCACAAAUUACUUUUCUUUAUUAAAUACUGUUUGAUUUUAACAGGGUUUCAAUCACUUCAAUAAUCACAUUUCAUCUUUAGGUGUGUGAUAUUUUUUUAGGUCAUUUUUGCUUCUGUUGUUCAUUUUCCAUCUAACUGUCUCUUGCUGUAACAGAAUCAACCAAAACCCAGAUAGUCAAGUACAAGUUUUAGAUUUUGUCACCAUUUUUAAUCCUAAGCGAUGGUUUAAAUGUCUUUAAAGCAACGGCAAAGUGAAGCUGCAAACAUUCCCCUGAACCUCACUGCGUUUGUAUUUUUGUCUUGUCUCUGAGCAUAUGUAGCGCCCUUGCUUGUUGCAAACAAUGGUUUCACAGGGUCAGGCAUUUCAGUGUUAGCGCUGUUAGCUUUGGGCGCUUUCGUGUGGGGCCCCAACUGUAUUAUCUGCAUGCAUGUGUGUGUGUGUGUGUGUGUGUGUGUGUGUGUGUGUGUGUGUGUGUGGGUGUGUGUGUGUGUGUGUGUGCACUUGUGCACAAAAGCAUGCAUGUCUCUUUGUGCACAAGUGUGUGUUUUCUGCCCUUGUCCAUCAGGAUUUAUAUCUGCACGUUGUGACAGUUAUGAUAUGUCAACAGAUGACAUUUGCCCUCAAGAAAGCCUCAUCCUCUGAGUUUCAGCUGUUCCUCCCAGUGGAGGUUCGGCUCGGCUUCUGAUCCGAAUAUACAAAAAUAACCUUUCUUGAUCCUUCGCUUUUCUGAUUAGAUUAGCUUUUUCUAACAUAUAUUUAAUCUGUUUUGGUUCUUUGGUGGUUUUAGUGGCGGUGUAAGAAGAGAAGCAACAAAAGGUGUUAAGUUAGUUUGAUUUAGGAUGUUUAGGGCUGAAGUACCUGACCACCUCCCACCCUCAGCUCAAUAGGGGGAUUAUUACGUC